AUUUGUGAAGUUUGGGUGUCAGAUGGGAUAAUUAUCAGGUUGUUGGUAGGAGGAGAAACAAUAGGCCUAAAACAAACGAGGUAAAAAACGUAACUUGCCCAAGACGACAUUUUUUGCUGCCUAUCUCAGCUGAAAAACAUACCGCUUUUCUUCCUAAUCACGUCUAUCUUUCCUGACCGAUAAUUGCUUUGUUUUCAAGUUCGCGAAUCUUCAACCAGUCCUGCAAUGGCCGGAGAAUCAUUGCCAGAGUUCAACUAUCCCAAAGAUGUUUUGCAGCCUUUACUUAGCGCAUCAAAUUCGUCUUCGCUACAACAAGCCCUAGAGAUUCUUAUAAAAAAUUCUAGAGCUGCUGUUGGCCGUGCAGAACUUGCUUCAAAGAAUAUCCUUCCUACUGUUUUGAAGCUUGUUGAAUCUCUCCAUCAUGCAUCAAGUCAAGAAUAUCUCAUGCAAGCUAUGAAGCUUCUUAGGAAUCUAUGUGCUGGAGAAGUUGCCAAUCAGAAUUCGUUUGUUGAGCAUAAUGGAAUUGAAACUGUUUUGACUGUUUUGAGGUCUGCAGCACUUCUUUCUGAUCCGGAUUUUGGGAUUAUUCAUUUGAGUUUGCAAGUUCUGGCAAAUGUUUCAUUGGCUGGAUCAGAACUUCAAGAGGCUAUUUGGCAUAAGUUGUUCCCUAACGAGUUUUUCAUACUAGCAAGCAUCCAUAGUCUGGAGACCAGUGAUCCUUUGUGUAUGAUUUUAUACACCUGUUGUGACGGAAAGCCUGGACUGGCUAUUGAGCUAUGUAGAGAUCCGGGGUUGCCUAUUGUAGCUGGCAUAAUUCAGACCGUUGCUUCAGUUGGUUCUAGAGAAAAUUGGUUUAAGUUACUUCUCUCAAGAUUAUGUUUGGAGGACAUUCACUUCCCUGCACUGUUCUUUAAAUUAUGUGAAGGCAAUGCUUCUGAGGAUGGGGGAAAUACUGCUUUAGGGGAUAAAGUUUUCUCAUCAGAGCAGGCUUUUCUUCUGCAAAUCAUAUCUGAGAUCCUAAAUGAACGACUUAAUGAAGUAAGAGUUCCCAACGAGACUGCAUUGUGUGUUCUUGGAAUAUUUAAGAGAUCAGUAAGUAUUGUUGAUUUUGGUGCUAGAGCCAAAUCUGGUCUUCCAACUGGCUCUACAUCCGUUGAUGUUAUGGGAUAUUCCCUCAUUAUUUUGAGGGAUAUCUGCGCUCAAGAGGGUCUACGAGAAUUGAAGAAAGAUUCUGUAGAUGUUGUUGAUUUGCUACUAUCCGAUGAUCUUACAGAUGUUAUUUUAUCAUUGCUUCAUGAUCUUGAGCCGCCAGCAAUCAUAAGAAAAACCCUGAAGGAUAGUGAAAACCAAGAACUGAAUUUGGGUUCAACUAAGCUCUGCCCUUACAAAGGAUUUCGGAGAGAUUUGGUUGCGAUAAUUGGGAAUUGUGCGUAUAGAAGGAAGAAUGUACAGGAUGAAAUAAGGCAGAAAAGUGGGAUUCUACUGUUGUUACAGCAGUGUGUUACUGAUGAUGACAACCCGUAUUUGAGAGAAUGGGGGAUUUGGUCUUUGAGAAAUUUAUUAGAAGGUAAUGCAGAAAACCAACAGAUAGUAGCUGAUUUACAGCUACAAGGGUCUGUUGACAUGCCUGAACUUGCCAGACUUGGUCUUAAAGUGGAGGUUGAUCAAAACACUCAUUGUGCAAAGCUAGUAAAUAUCCCAGGAAGCUACACAAAGCCUGUCGAGCGCGUAGGUCCUCUCAAGUUUAUGGGGAAAAUGUCCAUCAGAGAACCACAGUUAUACAUUCAAGCACACCACACUGCAACUUUUACCAAAUCCAAAUGUUGAAGGUAUUAAGCUUAUUGUUUCAUCCUCUCCACCAAACGGCCCAAUACCAAUACCGUUCCAUUUGGUUUGUUUCCCAGAAAAUGUGGAGCUGCAGUAAAUACUAAUUUUAUACGGUGCAUGAAUCUCAACAAGAAAAAGAGUUUGGAGAUUCCGAAGAGUAGGGUUGAUACAAAUUUAUUCCGGUACACAUGACACCAACUUAAUCUGAAAUUUAAAUAAUAGUACAGAUUUAUCUAUAUAAUAUAUACCAUAUCUACUCUAUAUUUAUAACCUCUUCCAACAGUACAUAUAUAUAGAAUUAGACAAUAUUUGUAACAAUUAGACAAUAUUAUUUUGUGGUUAUAAUAAGUAUUAUCCUCUUAAAUAAGAAUAGAGUUGGUGGGCAGCUUCAAAAGGGAUUCUAAGAAGUCCAAAUUGAUUCAAACUCCAAAGAAAAUAAGCUCAUCCUCACCCUACUAGCUGGUUAUUGUCUUUGAAGGAGUUUAAAGUGCUCGCAUGUUUCCACAUUCAAUAUAAGAAUGGAAACUUUAAGAAGAUAAACUAAAAAAAUUCAAAAGGAGUUUUGAAUCAUCCAAAUUCCCUGUAUCAAGGUCGAUUAUGUUGUGUUGAUGCAAGUUUUGAGAGAAGUGACCACUCCACUUAGCACGGCUCAAGUUUCAUAAUUUGCUUUAUUUAUGGAUUUUAUACAGUCAAUCUUGUAAUUGUAAAUGAAGACGUGAUUAGAUCAAACAAAAUCACUUUUCAUGGAUUUUAAUAUGAUCUACUUACCUUAUAUUUUGUUGAGGCAAUUAUGUGAGCAGCGUUUCAUGCAAUGCCACAAGCAGUGCCCACUGUUCUUGGCAUUGUGCAAGUCACAUAACUUAUCUUAUUUGGAAUUGGCCAUUUUUUAACUAAA